AUGAGGAGUCAACGUGCGCCGCCCUUCAGAAAGCUGCAAGCACUUCUUUCAGUUUGCCUUAUCGGCUGUAUUGUGCAAGGAGGACGCUAUGCGAUAGCAGGAUGCCUGGUGCCGCCUCCAGUCUUCAAAGAGCAUGGAGUGUUGUAUGCUGCGCCUUAUGACUAUGAGGUCCGAGUGAAGUUGGGAUGUAUAAUGGGACGGUGCAUCGGCGAUGCGAUAAAAUCUGCUCAAGAAAUCCAAGCUCUGGAUGAAACUGCUGAGCUCCCGUCAAUGUUCAAUGCGAUAUCACCGGGUUGGUGGCUGAAGCAGCUCAAUUCCCGAGGUGUCCGUGUAGAAAGAUGUGCGUGGCAACAUCUCGAGUUCGAGACUAUCGAUCCUGAUUAUGUUGUCCAGGAGGGUGACCGAGCCCGACUGAUGAUCCAUGUCCAUGAGCGCGCGGCUCCGGACGUAGAAAUCCAGGUCUUGCAUGAGGAUCGCAAUUUCCUCGCCAUCUCUAAGCCUGCUGGCGUGGAUGUUUUCGCCAACCCAAGCUACGGCAGUGUUCGUCUAUCUGUGGUGGGCAUGCUUGAGGCCAUGGGAUACUCCAACCUAUAUCCUGCGACUCGGAGAAGCCUAGAAAAAUUCUAG